UCGGGUAUUGAAAUCGUAGAGAUUAGACAACCGAGUUGAACCAGCGUAUCUCACUAGAAUAUUUUACUUUUUCUGAGCUAUUUCGCUUAUWCUGAGCUAUUAUCUCCUGACAACCGAUUGAGAUUUUAAGGGGUUGUUUAUAAAAUGAGUCAAAGCUCGGCCAAACGCCGAAAUCGUCCGGGUUCGCAAGCGAGCCUUGGCAUGAGCAUGAACGAUGAUAUGGAGAUGAGCGAGAAAGGAAGGCCUCAGUCUUCACACUCUAGGAACGCUUGGUCUGACGAUGAUCUUCUUACCGGACAAGGAGGAGACGAUAUUGACUUUACUUCGCCUCGAGCUCCCGCUUCAGCCGCUGUCGAUGUUAUUCCUUCGGCCAUGGAAGCCGAACCAGUGUCUCACCAGAAGCGUGUUCCAGCCGAUGUACGGGCUCCUGGAGCAAAGAAUGUUCCUGUCGGUUGCUGGACUCGAUUUAAGAGAAUUGUACGAGGAUUAUGGAGAACGCGGCAGACAGAGGACACAGACAGCGACCGAGAAAUGCACAUCAAGACCACUUUGAGAGAACUUAUCAUCUACAUGGUCUUCAUCACCAUUCUCUGCAUCUUGACAUUUGGAAUGACAAGCUCAACCAUGUACUACUUCACSAAAGUGAUGCGAGAUCUUUUUGUUGAAAGUAGUAUGUCAAACAGGAAUACUUUCAAGGAYAUCACCACAAUGCAAGAGUUCUGGAUGUACGUCAAUGGACCUCUCUCRGAUGGACUGUACUGGGAACAGUAUUACAACAAUGUCAACGUCAGCAACGAUGAUAUGGGCUAUAUUUAUUUCGAAAACAAAGUCCUUGGCAUGCCUCGAAUCCGUCAAGUCCGUGUCCGUAAUGACUCGUGCGAAGUUCAYAGUGACUUUAAAAGUGUGAUCAAGGAAUGCUAUGCGCCGUACUCUGAAAGUUCUGAAGACACAAGUCCGUUCGGUAAAAUGAACGGCAGUGCGUGGGAAUAUAAAGACCAAAAGAUCCUCCAAAGUCGAUCUUAUUGGGGUCGUAUGGCUACUUACGCUGGUGGUGGAUUUACACAACUACUAGCAAAAAAGAAAGAUAAGACCAAAGAAAUCUUUGCUGAUCUCAAACAAAACUUGUGGCUUAAUCGUGGUACGCGUGCUGUUUUUAUCGACUUCAGUGUUUACAAUGCCAACAUUAAUCUUUUCUGCAUUGUAAGGCUUCUCUUUGAGUACCCACCCACUGGAGGUUGCAUCCCGUCAUUCAACUUCCGUACCCUGAAACUUAUCCGAUACGUGACAGCCAUGGACCACUUUGUGAUGGCCUGCGAGGGCUUGUUCAUCAUCUUCAUUAUAUACUAUACUAUCGAGGAAAUUCUUGAGAUCAAAAAGCACAAAAUGCAGUAUUUCAAGAGCUUCUGGAACAUUUUGGACGUGGUUGUUAUCAUGCUGGGUUACGUUGCAAUUCUGUUCAACCUGUACCGUUUUGUUGUUGUCGGUGAGCUACUCAGCUCGCUACUUGAGAACAGCAAUCAGUAUGCAAACUUUGACAACCUUGGAUUCUGGCAGACACAGUUUAAYAACAUGGUUGCUGUGGCUGUGUUCUUUGCAUGGAUCAAGGUGUUUAAAUACAUCAGUUUCAACAAGACAAUGAACCAACUUUCGUCUACACUAUCAAAGUGUGCAAAAGACGUCGCUGGUUUUGCCAUCAUGUUCUUCAUCAUUUUCUUUGCAUACGCACAACUUGGAUAUCUCAUCUUUGGAACGCAAGUCCGUGACUUCAGUACAUUYCAAGACAGCAUCUUUACACUGUUCCGUAUCAUCCUUGGAGACUUCGACUUCCACCAGAUCGAGAAUGCCAAYCGUGUGCUUGGCCCUACCUUCUUCAUCACCUACGUGUUCUUUGUGUUCUUCGUGUUGCUCAACAUGUUCUUGGCCAUCAUCAAUGACACUUAUGCUGAAGUCAAGUCUGAUAUUGCUUCACAAGAGAGCGAAUUCGAGAUCACUGACUACUUCAAGAAGGGCUAUCAGAACGUCCUUAACAAGUUGUCUUUCAAGAGAGARAAGAUUAUCGACAUUCAGAAGGCUCUAAAAUCCGCAGACGUUAAUCAAGACAACAAGCUCGACUUCGAAGAAUGGCGUCAGACCUUGAAAUCUCGUGGUCAUGCCGAUGCUGAGAUCGAAGCWGUUUUUGCGAGAUAUGACUUGGACGGUGAUCGUAUUCUUGAUGAAGAUGAACAACGACGCAUGCAAGAAGAUCUGGAAGGACAAAAGGCCGAACUUAAUGAAGAGAUCGAGGAGAUGGAGCGCAAGAAGGAUAAUCGACCAAAGAGUGGAAGCCGUGUCAGUUUCCGUGGAAGUGAUGCCGAGAGUGACGAUGAUGAUGAUGAAUCGGGAGGACUCAGUGGACGUGCUGGUUCGGCUACUGGACAUCGCCGUGGAGGUGGUGGAGGAGUUUCUUAUGAAGAAUUCAACGUACUAAGCCGUCGUGUGGAUCGCAUGGAACACUCCAUUGGAAGCAUUGUGUCAAAGAUUGACGCUGUCCUUGUCAAACUUGAGGCCAUGGAGAAGGCUAAAUUGAAGAGACGAGAAACGAUGGCGAAAUUGUUAGACAGUAUUACAGAGAACGAGAAAUCAGGACGAAGUGAUGAUGACUUGAAGCGAGAUCAAAUGGAAAAGCUCGUCCGUGAAGAGCUUGAACGAUGGGAUAGCGAGGCAUCGAUGACACGACCAGACUCUCGAGGCCCAAGUCCUAGCGCAUCCCGCGUUAAUACUGCCAAAUCUGGUCGCUCAACUGCUCGUGGAUCCACCCAAAGCAGUGCUGGGUCGGUGCGCGUCCCUGUCAAUGAGGAACCUCCAAGACCGCCUUUUGGUGAACACACAAAUGUGUAAAACAAGUCAUUCCYGUUACUUUAUUAGUCACAUUGAAAACCAGACGUAUCGUAGAUUAUCAGAGAGCAUGUAUCCCAUAAUAUAUAGAAGAUAGAAUGAGGGCUCUAAACCCGUGAAAGACAAUUUACCAGGUGUAAUGGAAUGAACAGUAUACAUUUCACGGGUUGACUGCCAUUAGUCUAUAUCACGCAUUUAAGUUAUUUAAAAAAGCAUAUUAUUCAUUUUGUUCCCAAGGGGCUCGUACAAACAGUAUCACUGUAUCGAUCAAUAUUGUCAUUUUAAGUUUCAAGGUCUGUAUAAUAUUCAUUUUUAUUGAGUCACCAAAAUUAAUGAAGAUGAAAAUGAUCAUCAUUCACAAUGUAUGUAGAUGGAUAGUUGAAUUAAUUGUAGCACGCUAAUUUGCUGAGCAAAUCACGGCAGCAUGAAAAGUACACAUGUAAGUUUAUGAAUAAUAUAAGGACUGCUAUCAACAAUAGCAUGCUAUGCAUGUUACAAUUCAUGUAGUAGCAUAGGGUUUUUCCUUGGAUUACUUUUUCUGACUCCAAAAAAAGUAAUCAUAUUGGGGAAAAAUCAGAGAUAGAUGUAAAUCAAAGUUAAUCGUAAUAGGUGUAACCAGAAGUCUUUGUGUAGUAAUGACGAUCUUCUAUAUUAGGAGAUAUAUAUUCACGUGCAACAUAGAGUGGCAUGAGCUUUUCCUUUGGAAGCAGUAAUUAUUUUCUUUUAAAGAAAUAUGAAUAGAAAGGUUAAAACGAAAUAUUGAAAAGGGAGUGGGAGGCUUUUGUAGUUGGAAUCUCAAUUUAUAGCCAUUGGGCUUAGUUUGCACACCACUAGUUGUCAAAUGUAUAAAUCAGUCCAAAGCAAUAAAGUUUUAAGUCACUGUUAGA